UUGAAAUAUCCAUUUUGUUGUAUGACGUAUUUUUCCUCUUCAUCGCGAUACAGUUCAUGUGUCUAUCUAUGUUCACGCUGUUGCUUAUGUUCAACCACGUGGCGCUAGUACAUGCACGUGACUCAGUGCUCCAGUUCGGCCUAAAUCGAAGGGCCCUUUUGACAAAAUACUGCGCGUCGAAAGUGCCCUUUUGACAAAAACCCCCAGCCUUUUUCAAAUCCUAGCUGGAGCACUGGUGACUUAUUCUCAACCACGUGAUUUACGUUCAUCCACGUGACUUUUUAAAUAUUUUGGUGUUUCUUCCGUCAGUUCGUCAGUCCGGGCGUAGACCGAUGGCAGACGACGCGUCUCGCCACGAUGCAGCGGCAAUCUCGGGCGGAAGUGAACGCCCACCGUGACCUCACUGAGAUGCUGGGCAAACUCGAGGAAAUUAACGCGCCGGCGUCUUCACAAGCGGAAGAUGUGCCGAGCGUAGACGAGAAACACAGGCGGACACAGGAACGCCAGAAGUUGCUUCGUUUUGUGAUUCCCUGCGGGAUUCUCGUUGUGCUCUGCGUGGUUUACAGCCUCGUUUUGAUGGCGGUUUCAGGUUCCGGUAUUACAGCUUCAAACGAGUUCCAUGACUUCCAAGAGAGAAUAAAACAACUUCACACGACGGAAUCCACCAUAUUGGACGAAUACAAUCAGCGAUUGACUAAUGGGAUUCUAGGACUCAGCAAUUACGUCAUGAAAGAAGCGUAUCUGAAAACGGAUGACGCAAUCGAUGCGGUUCUUACAACAAAGAAAUUGGCCGAAUGGCGGUUGAUCAGCAGAAUUCAAGACUGGCGAAGCGAACACGUGGAACAUGUUCAUUUUCUCACUGAGGAGACCGGUUUCUAUUUAUCUUUCCUGGUGGACCUUAGGAGUCUCGUAUUGACGGAUGUUGCGUCAUUAAGUGACGUCAUUAAAUGGAAGUCAUUUUACGAGUAUAGACGAAUAUCAAACCAACUUCUUCGUUUCGCAUUACUUCUUCGUUUAUUUUCAAACACGGGUACAAACAAAAAAGACGUUUGUCUAAAGUCGACCUCAUUUUUUGCUGCAGACGAGCAAUUGUUUAUACGUCUGUUGGAGCCACUCCAUUUUUCAGCCAAUCCGUUUUACGAUUCUUGGAAACCAAAAGUCCGUAAUUCUUCGUUAUCAAUUGCGUUUGAUAUGUUGGCUGAAUUUCACCAGAUUAUCUAUGGAUGCGCCAAUCGGACCGACGCUGGGUGGAAAACAGAAGUAGCCAAUGUUGUUCGGAUACUCUCGGAUCAACAAAAAGAGUUGUUUGGUGCUCUGACAAUACGAAACACAAAUUUGAUGAACGAAUGUUUGAUUGUGUUCUGCGUGUGCUUUUUAGAGAUGUUUUUGGUCGGCCUUUUUUCAUACUUUUUCGUAAUGUUGUUUAAAAUAGAAACUAAAAUUCUGGCAUUAGUGACUGACUGGUGUUCCGACCUUCAGAUUAAAGUUGACGAUCAAAGUCUUUCAACACAGUCGAUACUUUGUAAGAUCGUACCGCGUAGCCUACUAGUCGCCAGCGGGGAGUGCGACGUGGUCGCGCCAUACCACGUGACCGAGACGACGAUGUUCAUGGCGAGCGUGGCGUAUUUCGACUCGCUCCUAGAGAUGUUCAGUCCAGCCCAGACGUUAAAUAUCCUCACAUUCGUACUGGAGCUACUUGAUGAGAGAAUAUCGCAGUACAACGUGUACCCUGUGUCCCGCGCAGGGGAGAGCAUCAUUGUUACCUCAGAUAACGCCAAGGAGCGGCAGGUACAGCACGCGUGUGAGGUCGCUAACAUGGCGGUGGACAUCAUGACCUGCUGCAGCGACCUUGAGAUCGGGAAAUUCGGUCGCACCAAGCUGCUCAUGAAGGUUGCCUUACACUCCGGCCCCUGCUCUGGUCGUCUGGUGGUCCGGAACGGUAAAGUGCAGCUGCGACUUCUUGGGGAGAGCCUGCUGGUACUUCAGCACAUACACCGAACGGCAUCACCAAACAUGAUCCACCUUAGCGAGCCCGCUUAUCGAAAUCUGAGCACGCAUGACACCUACUGCCUACACUACAGAGGGAACAUUGACAUCCAAGGCUCACACCACCGCAUUUACUGGUUGAAUGGCCGACGGGUCUCCUCGGUAUCGGCGUCCGACGGUGACAGCUGCUACUCAAGAAUGGGUUCGUGGAUCGAGCUUGAGAAGAAGCCCCUGUACAGACUGGACGAGGUGGAGGGCACCUACGAGCCCCUGCACGUGACCCCGACACGUCGGUACUCACAGAUGAACGGCGACUCCGCCGCGUGAUGAUUAUGAUAUGCUACGAGUGAUUCGGACAAUCACGACUGAUUCCGAUAAGCAACGAUAUGCGAACUGUUUAUGUGAUUGCAUUUCCAUCAGCUGCAAUGUGAAAAUUAUUUUCGAGAUAGAAUGCCCAAUAUAUACGAUAUGUGAACAAUUUAUAGGAUAUUAUACAUAUUGGCUACUAUUCUUGAGCUGAAUAUGUGGCGAAUUUUCAUCAACUAUGAUUCUUGAGCUAUUUAUUGGACAGAAUUCCAAUUAGCUACGAUUAUUACACUUUUUAUGCGACGUAUUUAAAUAAAGUAUAAGGCUUUUGCUCUUUAUGAGACAGAAUUCCUCUUAGCCACGAUUCUUAAGCUUUUUAUGCGACGAAUUUUGAUUAGCUACGAUGCUUAAGCUUUUUAUGGGACAGAAUUCUCAUAAUCUACGAUAUGUGAUUAUGGUGUGGUAUAGAAUGCCCCAAAAUACGAUGUGUGGACUUUUUAUUGGAUAGAAUUCCCUUUAUCUGCGAUAUUUUAAGGCUAUUUCAAGGCGUGUUAUUAUUAUUAUUAUUAUUAUAUCAUUAUUAUUAUUGUUGUUAUUAUUAUUAUUGUUGUUGUUGUUGCUGUUGUUGUUGUAUUAUGGAAUAAAUGAUAUCAGUUUG